AUGAGACUUAACUUUUACUUAGCGGUCAAGACUAUACCUGGCUUAGUGGUCAAGACUAUACCUGGCUUAGUGGUCAAGACUAUACCUGGCUUAGUGGUCAAGACUAUACCUGGCUUAGUGGUCAAGACUAUACCUGGCUUAGUGGUCAAGACUAUACCUGGCUUAGUGGUCAAGACUAUACCUGACUUAGUGGUCAAGACUAUACCUGGCUUAGUGGUCAAGACUAUACCUGGCUUAGUGGUCAAGACUAUACCUGGCUUAGUGGUCAAGACUAUACCUGACUUAGUGGUCAAGACUAUACCUGACUUAGUGGUCAAGACUAUACCUGACUUAGUGGUCAAGACUAUACCUGACUUAGUGGUCAAGACUAUACCUGACUUAGUGGUCAAGACUAUACCUGACUUAGUGGUCAAGACUAUACCUGACUUAGUGGUCAAGACUAUACCUGACUUAGUGGUCAAGACUAUACCUGACUUAGUGGUCAAGACUAUACCUGACUUAGUGGUCAAGACUAUACCUCACUUAGUGGUCAAGACUGUACCUGACUUAGUGGUCAAGACUAUACCUGACUUAGUGGUCAAGACUAUACCUGACUUAGUGGUCAAGACUAUACCUGACUUAGUGGUCAAGACUAUACCUGACUUAGUGGUCAAGACUAUACCUGACUUAGUGGUCAAGACUAUACCUGACUUAGUGGUCAAGACUAUACCUGACUUAGUGGUCAAGACUAUACCUGACUUAGUGGUCAAGACUAUACCUGACUUAGUGGUCAAGACUAUACCUGACUUAGCGGUCAAGACUAUACCUGGCUUAGCGGUCAAGACUAUACCUGACUUAGCGGUCAAGACUAUACCUGACUUAGUGGUCAAGACUAUACCUGACUUAGUGGUCAAGACUAUACCUGACUUAGUGGUCAAGACUAUACCUGACUUAGUGGUCAAGACUAUACCUGACUUAGUGGUCAAGACUAUACCUGACUUAGUGGUCAAGACUAUACCUGACUUAGUGGUCAAGACUAUACCUGACUUAGUGGUCAAGACUAUACCUGACUUAGUGGUCAAGACUAUACCUCACUUAGUGGUCAAGACUGUACCUGACUUAGUGGUCAAGACUAUACCUGACUUAGUGGUCAAGACUAUACCUGACUUAGUGGUCAAGACUAUACCUGACUUAGUGGUCAAGACUAUACCUGACUUAGUGGUCAAGACUAUACCUGACUUAGUGGUCAAGACUAUACCUGACUUAGUGGUCAAGACUAUACCUGACUUAGUGGUCAAGACUAUACCUGACUUAGUGGUCAAGACUAUACCUGACUUAGUGGUCAAGACUAUACCUGACUUAGUGGUCAAGACUAUACCUGACUUAGUGGUCAAGACUAUACCUGACUUAGUGGUCAAGACUAUACCUGACUUAGUGGUCAAGACUAUACCUGGCUUAGUGGUCAAGACUAUACCUGGCUUAGUGGUCAAGACUAUACCUGGCACUUUCACCACUCAGCAGCUGAGAAGUCAACAGGACAACAGGAAGAACGGGACAACAGAACAACGGGUCAACAUAACAGAACGGGUCAAUAGGAUAACAGAACAAAGGAUCAACAGGACAACAGAACAAUGGGUCAACAUAACAACGGGUCAACAGAACAACGGGUCAACAGGUCAACAUAAGAGAACGGGUCAAUAUAACAGAACAACGGGUCAACAGGACAACAGAACAACGGGUCAACAGGACAACGUGUUGACAAGAUAA